UGUGCCGCUCCCACGUCCAGUCCAGAAGAACGCUCUCGCUUUUGCACCAAGCCUCCACACGUGCUCCGCCCUCGCCCCCAUAAUCCCAUCUGGCAGCGGCAAAUGGCACCGUCACGCCGAUCCACCAAGUACACACACCAGCAAUAGUUUUCUAUCCAUCCCAACCGCCGGCAGGUGAGAUCCGGGCCCCCGCCCGUCGCCGCUCAAAGCUUCGCGUCGGUGAUCGCCCCGCCUCUAACCGCAGCCACUGGGAAGGAACAAGGAAGCAGACGAGGUCGAGGAGGAGACCAGAGAGCACCACCGCCAGUGGGUGGCGGGGGCAGUAGAAAGGAAGGAAGGAACAGUCCGUCAAUCUCCAAGCGCGUUCUGGUCUCGUCGUCUUGCCCACGCCACGCCCACGCGCGAGGAUUUCACAUGCUUCGCUAGCGGACGCGGGGCACCUACCUCGGGCUCGGGUGCUCCCAUUCCGGACCGGCAAAUCCCCUCGCCGCGCUCCUCCUAAUCCCCACCCACCCACCCGGAUCGCUACUGCUGCGCUCCCAUCGCGCGCCUCCCUCGCCCGCGGGUUAAUUGGCCCCUCCUGCGCGGCGGGCUCGGCUCACCCCCCGAUCCGGUUCCUCUGCGGCGGGGGAUCUCGCGGGCUCGGAUUGGCGGCGUGAUCUGGCGGCGAUUGGGAUGAGGGUGGUGGGGCGGAGGAGGCGAUGAGCGGCGCGGCGUCGCUGGGGCUGCGCACCGGGAGCUGCGGCUCCCUGGCGGCCGGCGGCGGGAGGAAGGCCGGGGCCAGGGGGUGGGGCUGGCGCGGGGAGAAGGAGCGCCUGCAGCUGCUCCACCGCGCGCUGCGCCUCGUCGGUCGCCGCGGGGCAGGCCUGCUGCUGCUGCUCGCCGUCGCCUCCGCCGCCCUCUUCUGCUCCCUCUUCGCCGUCGCCAAAGAUGACAAUACUUCUUCAAUUAUCAUUGCUAGUAACUAUGAAGUCACGAAUGCUAUACAAAAUUCUGUGUACCCCAGCACAACAAGGCCUCUGAUGAGUUCCCAGGACCAAUACUCUGCUAGUGGUGUUAACGAGACUGAGCAUCCGAAUCAGCUGCUUCUUCCAUUUGCGAACUUUACAAAUCAUCCUUGUGAAGGUUUCGCAGUUCCUCCUACUCUGUUUGAUAAGAAACGCACUGGACCACGACCAUGCCCUGUUUGCUAUGUCUCCGUUGAUCAGGCAUUUGCUCUGAUGCCUCUACAAGCUUCCCAAUCUCCUGUCCUUGAGAUCUUAAAUUAUGUUGCUGAAGAUAGCACGACUGCAAAUUUCUCAAAUCGGGGCUCUGCAUUUGGAGGGUAUCUAUCCCUGGAGCAGAGAAAUAAAUCUUUUGACAUUACCAAUUCAAUGACUGUUCACUGUGGUUUUGUUAGAGGAAAGAAACCUGGCCAAGGUACUGGAUUCGACAUCAACAAUGAUGAUCUGCUAGAGAUGGAGCAAUGCCGUGGGCUAGUUGUAGCUUCUGCUAUUUUCGGGAAUUAUGAUAUGAUUCAACAUCCAAGGAAUGUCAGUGAACUAGCGAAGGAAAAUGCAUGUUUCUAUAUGUUUGUGGAUGAAGAAACGAAUGCUUAUGUCAAGAAUUCUAGUUCACUGUACAGAGAUAAUAAAAUUGGCAUAUGGAGGCUAGUAGUCGUUCAAAACCUCCCUUAUAAAGAUCCACGGCGUACGGGGAAGAUUCCGAAGCUUCUGCUCCAUAGACUUUUUCCAAAUGUGAGAUAUUCAAUUUGGAUAGACGCAAAGCUUCAACUUGUUGUGGAUCCCUAUUUAUUACUUGAGAGGUUUCUUUGGAGAAAGAAUGCUACUUUUGCGAUAUCUCGGCACUACAGACGUUUUGAUGUGUUUGAAGAAGCUGAAGCUAAUAAAGCUGCCGGAAAGUAUGACAAUUCAUCAAUUGAUGAACAAAUAGAUUUUUACAGAAAUGAGGGCCUUACACAUUAUUCUACAGCCAAGCUUCCUAUCACAAGUGACGUCCCUGAAGGAUGCGUGAUCAUCAGAGAACACGUCCCCAUCUCUAAUCUCUUCACAUGCCUUUGGUUCAAUGAAGUUGACCGUUUUACUGCCAGGGAUCAGAUUAGUUUCAGCACCGUCCGGGACAAAAUAAGGGCUAAAGUUGGCUGGAUGCCCCAAAUGUUCCUAGACUGUGAAAGGCGCAAUUUCGUUGUCCAGGCAUACCACAGGGAGCUGCUAGAGCAGAUGAUAGCAUCUGGUAGGAAUGUGCCUCCGAUCGCUGGCGAACCAUCCGGGAAACUUAGGCUGGGUAGCAGGAAGGCUCCUCCGUCGAAGAAGCCUCUAUUGAAGCGAAAAAAGCGGAGGCGUGUACAGAAACCAAUUGCCCUGACUAUAGAUGCCAUGUGAUGCACUGGGCAGUCAGUCGGAUAUAAGGCGUAGAGCGUUCACUUGCUGGGAUGGAUGCCAGAUGAUUCAGUGUUCACUUGCUGGGAUGGGAUGGAUGCCAGCUGAUUCCGCUGGGGGAGGCACAGGCUUGUAAUUUUUUCCGCCGGGACUUGUUCAUAGUUAAUUCUUCAUUGUUGUUGUAAAUAACACCGCAAAAGCAGAGUCAUUCAAUUUUGUUCAUUGAGCCCA